UUUAAUUUGUCUCCUAAGCCAACACAACACUGUCAAAGUCUUUCCAGCCUCUAACUGCAAUGCUCCAAGCUCAACGGUCAAGCAACUUUCUUGGCCGAAUUUUCCCUCAUAAAUUCUUACACCAAACAAGACCAUUCACUGUCUACUCUUCCCUCCUCAAUCUCUGCAAAAAGCCCCAGCACCUUCAACAAAUUCAUGCAAGAUUUAUCCUCCAUGGCCUUCACCAGAACACCACACUCUCUUCCAAAUUGGUCGACUCAUAUGCCAAUCUUGGCCUCCUUUACAUUUCCAAACAAAUCUUCAAUUCUAUCUCCAAUCCCAAUACCCUUUUGUACAACACAAUUUUGAGAAACUUGGCCAAGUUUGGCGACUUUAAAAGUACACUUUUUUUGUACCAGAAAAUGUGCUUAAAUUCCAUACAUCCUGAUGAGGAAACAUACCCAUUUGUUUUAAGUUCAUGUUCUUGCUUGUUGGACGUUGUAAAUGGAAAGGCGAUUCAUGGGCAUCUCAUAAAAUUGGGUUUUGAGUCAUUUUAUUUGGUGGAUACUGCUUCGAUGGAGAUGCAUAGGAGUUUUGGUGAUCUUGAGAAAGAAAGAGAGACAAUUGAUGGGAAGUCUAUUAAUGAUUUGGAUUAUUGGAAUUGCUUGAUUUUAGAGACCUCUAAAAGUGGGAAUACGACGAAAAGUUUAUGGUUUUAUGAAAGAAUGAGCAUGGAGAAAACUGAGUCCCUCUCUGUUACUGUUGUUAAGUUGCUGAGGUCAACCGUUGAAAUGGGCUCAUUAAGGGCAGGAAGGGCUAUUCAUUGUGUGGUUGUUGUGUGUGGUUUAUGUGAAGAUUUAUCUGUGAAUACUGCCCUGCUAACAAUGUACUCAAAGUUGAGGGGUUUAGCUGAUGCAAGGUUAAUAUUUGAGAAAAUGCCUGAGAAGGACUGUGUCGUGUGGAACAUUAUGAUAUCUGCAUAUUCUCAAAAUGGUUAUCCUGAGAAAUCCAUAGAUUUGUUGAGAUAUAUGGCGAAAUCUGGGGUCAGAGCUGAUAUGUUUACCGCACUUCCUGCUGUUUCCUCCAUCAAGCAGUUGAAAUCUAUUGAAUCGGGCAAAGAAAUGCAUGCUCAUGUGAUAAGAAAUGGGUCAGAUUGUCAAGUAUCAGUUCCUAAUUCUCUUAUUGACAUGUACUGUGGAUGUGAUUGUUUGAACUAUGCUCAAAAGAUUUUCGAAUUGUUGUCAAUUAAGACUGCAGCUUCAUGGAGCUCAAUAGUUAAGGGAUAUGUAAACCAUGAUCGGUCUCUUGAUGCUUUGUGUCUCUUCUCCAAGAUGAAACUUGAUGGACCUAGGGUCGAUUUCAUCACAUUUAUUAACAUCUUGCCUGCUUGUGUGAAUGUUGGGGCGUUAGAGCAAGUUAAAUACCUUCAUGGAUACUCAAUUAAAUGUUGUAUAACUAAGCUAGCAUCUGUUAAUACGGCUUUGCUUAUCAGCUAUGCAAAAUGUGGAUGCAUAGAGAUGGCAAGGAAGCUUUUUGAUGAGGAGACUGUCAACAAGGAUAUAAUCACUUGGAACUCAAUGAUCAGUGCAUAUGCCAAGCAUGGAGCCUCGUCUGAGUGUUUCAAUUUGUACAGACAAAUGAAGCAAUCAAAUUUAGAACCAGAUGGAAUAACAUUUCUUGGGCUAUUGACAACUUGUGUUAAUACAGGGCUUGUUAAAGAAGGGCAGGAACUUUUCAAGGAGAUGAUGGAGACCUAUGCUUGCCAUCCCAGCCAGGAACACUAUGCUUGUAUGGUUGAUCUACUGGGCCGUGCUGGCCAUGUCAAUGAAGCCAGGGAGCUCAUAAAGACCAUGCCCUUCAAACCAGAUGCACCGGUUUGGGGUCCUUUGUUGAGUGCCUGUAAGAUGCAGUCUGAGACUAAGCUUGCAGAGUUUGCGGCUGAGAAGUUGAUAUCUAUGGAACCAAGAAAUGCAGGAAAUUACAUCCUGCUGUCAAACAUAUAUGCUGCGGCAGGAAAGUGGGAUGGAGUUGCUAAAAUGAGAAGUUUUCUUAGAGACAGAGGUUUGAAGAAAACACCUGGUUAUAGCUGGCUAGAAAUAAAUGGAUGUGUACACGAGUUUCGUGUUGCUGAUCGAUCUCAUCCAAAAGCGGAUGAUGUACAUACUGUGUUAAGAAACCUAGAAUUGGAAAUCAAGGAAGCAAGAGAACAAUUUGAACUAACCAUCUUAAAUGCUGAUUUUCUCCAUUUUUGGUGAA